AUGCACUAUUCACAGGACCUCAUUAUUCUUGCUAUUUGCCUUGUUUCUCCGAUGGUUUUAUCAGAAUUAACAGAUGGUAUCUUUUCCUUAACACAAUAUGGAGAGAUAGCAUCAAAUUCUUGUACUUUUAAAGAAUUUUCGCUUGACAGUAGCACGGAAUCUCCAGAAAUACGAUGUGGGAUUGUCUGCGCUGCAGACCCUCAUUGUGUUGGUAUGGAUAUCUUAGAACUCGGAACUAUCGCCUGCAGAUUGUUACAUGGUUUUCCCGCUUUUCUUCCUCUUCUCCCCACGUCAUCAGUAAAAUACGCACGUUUUCAGAAGUCAGAAGGAAUCAGUAUAGGCAAAGACUAUUACUGUGAUAUUCAGCUGACGAACGGACGGGAAAUAUCAACCAUUUGUCACGAGGAUACUUAUACCUGGAUGCUGUUCCAAAGAAGAAUGGAUGGAUCAGUUAAUUUCUGGAGAAAUUGGACAGAGUAUGAAAAUGGAUUUGGCUCUAAAGAAUCAGAAUUUUGGUUAGGCAACAGAGAAAUUGCAGAGCUAACCAGCAUGGGAUACAGUUAUCUCAGGAUAGAAAUGAUGGACCACGAUUGUACAUGGAAAUACGCAGAGUAUAAUACCUUCACUGUAGAAAACGAACAGAAAAAAUACAGAAUGCAUGUGUCCGGAUAUAAUGGAACAGCAGGAGACAGUUUUGCGUAUCAUAACGGCAUGUACUUCAGUACCUUUGAUAACGAUAAUGAUAUGUCUGGCUCCAACUGUGGUCAGAUAAGACACGGAAGCUGGUGGUAUCGCUCCUGUCACAAAUCAAACCUGAAUGGAGAGUACGGAAACACUGAUUAUUCCAAUGGAAUCAACUGGUACUACUGGAAGGGUUUCUACUACUCUAUAAAGGAAGUGAGAAUGAUGCUGCGGAAACCUUGA